CUUGAAAAGCUUUUGCUUUCUUCUUCAGAUGAAGAAUCGAUUGAUGACGAUGGUGAAAAUUUUCGCUCUCUAAUUAAAAUGUUGUAUGAUAAAUUCAACGAUAAAGAAACUGAUAAGUCUUUGAAAAUACAAAUUUUAACAUUAUUACCUGUAAAAUGGAGUGAGAGACGUAUUUGUGAAACUAUGAAUACAUCAAGACAUUUGUCAAGAGUAGCAAAAAAUUGGUUGAAGAAACGGGUUUACUUUCUACACCUGAAUCGAAAUUAGGUAUGGGUAGCGUAAAAUCGAUGUUUUAAAUACACUUGAAAACUAAAUUACUCAACAUUUUUGUAUAGGGAGGACAAUUACUGAUCAGGUAAAAUUAAAAGUUGAAAAUUUUUACAACGAUGAUGAGUAUAGUGCUCAAAUGCCCGGUAUGAAAGACUUUGUAUCAAUUCGAAGUGAUGAUGGUAAUCGGAUACACGUCCAAAAAGACUUAUCCUGUCUAACUUAAAAGAAUUAUACCAAUGUUUCUGUGAAAUAAAUCCUGCUGAGAGAAUUGGAUUUUCAAAAUUCGCUUCUUUGCGACCAAAACAUUGUGUGUUAGCAGGGGCAAGUGGAACACACACCAUCUGCGUGUGUACGAUUCAUCAAAACGUGAAGUUAAUGAUGCUUGGUGCAAAUAUUUAUUCUUUGACAAGGAACACAGAAAAGCCCAUUAAACACUACAGCGAUUACUUGAGCAUGAUUAUAUGUGAAAAUCCAUCUUUUCAGUGUUAUUUAGGUGGAUGUAAAAACUGUCCUGGGGUCGAUGAGUUGAGUAAAAUUUUACUGAAAUGUUUUGAGGACCGGGAAAUCGAGAAUAUUACAUAUAAAUAUUGGAUAUCAAAACCGAGAAGUAGUUUAGAAACUAUUAUUAAGCCUACAGAAGAAUUUGUGGAAAAAUUUUGUAGUGAGUUAGAAAUUCUUCUACCUCAUUCGUUCAUUGCUAAGGAGCAAGCCCAAUUCUUGAAGACAUUGAAAGAAACAUUGAAACCAAACGAAUACGUUAUUAUUUGUGAUUUUGCAGAAAAUUAUGCCUUCGUAGUACAAAAUGCGGCAGCUGGUUUUCACUGGAAUAAUAAUCAGGCAACAGUUUUUCCAGUCGUUAUUUAUUAUAAAGUAAAUAACAAACUUGAACACAAAAGUUUAGUAAUUAUCUCAGAUUCUAACAAACAUGAUGCCGAUGCUGUUCAUGUUUUCAUCGAAAUAAUAACUGAUUACGUGAAAAGUCUUCCUGAACGUUGUAACAAGAUUUAUUAUUUUUCUGAUGGAGCUCCUCAACAAUUUAAAAACUUUAAAAACUUUGUAAAUUUAUAUUACCACGAAGAUGAUUUUGAUAUUCCUGCUGAAUGGCAUUUUUUGCGACUGCCCAUGGGAAAGGUCCGUGUGAUGGAAUCGGUGGUAUUCUCAAACGACUUGCAGCGAGAGCAAGUCUCCAACUCGCGGUAGACAAACAAAUAACGACACCAGAAGAACUUUUUGAAUGGGCUUCUGCACCGGAUAACUUGCCGAAUAUUAUAGUGAAGUUUUCCCCAGAAGAAGAUUAUGACACAGCAGUAAAUGAUUUAAAUGAUCGAUUUUUGAAAACGAAACCGAUUACAGGAACUCAACAACUACAUUGUAUAAUUCCGGACAAAAAUGGUUGUUUACUAGUUAAAAACUUUUCGAAUUCGAAUGAACACAGAAUUUGUAAAAUAUUUAAACGACAGAGAGAAAAGUAAUUAAUUUUAGCUGCAUCAAUUAUUGAUCUUACUAAUUACAGUCAUCGAUGAAGCCUCUAAAUUGUGAAUGUAAUGCCGUAAAAUCGUUGAAUUGUAUUUAUCUCAUUAUAUAAAUAAAAUUUAUGAAAAAAAAUUUUUUUUCCAUUUUUGAAAAUU